AUGGCCGUUGCAGAAGAGCGAUGUAGGGAUAAUGAUCUUCCCGCACCCACAGAAUGGGAAGUGGAAAACCUCAGACGUGUCUGCGAUAACAUUCCCUCGACCAUAUUCUUAAUUGCCGUGGCGGAGCUAGCCGAGCGUUUUACCUACCGAUGCAUCACGGCUCCUAUGCAGAACUAUAUAGAAAACGCUCAAGAUGAUCCACUAAGACCAGGAGCUUUGAAUAAGGGACAAGGAGUUGCAACUGGUAUCAACUACUUCUUUACCGGCUGGUGCUAUAUGGCGCCGAUUCUGGGAGCGGUCAUGGCAGAUACAUUGCUUGGCAGGUACCAGACAAUCUGUCUAGGGACCGGAGUCGCGAGUUGUGGUGUCUCGAUUCUUUUCGUCACGUCUUUUCCUACCAGUCUUGAGCACGGCGCUGGCUUACCGGGCCUCAUCGUUGCAUUAGUCUUGAUUGGCUUGGGCUUCGGAGGGAUCAAGAGCAAUGUUGCUCCUCUGAUCGCUGAGCAGUACUCGAGGAAGCCCCUCCAGAUCAAGACUCUAGGAAGUGGAGACAAGGUCAUUGUAGAUCCCAACCUCACGAUUCAGACUAUUUAUGGUCGUUACUACUGGGUUAUCAAUAUUGGCUCACUCUCCGUGAUACCAGCUUCUUGGUUGGAGUUGAAAGUUUCAUUCUGGGCUGCAUUCCUCCUACCGCUCUGCUUCUGGGUCUUACCAGUCAGCGCAUUGGUCGUCGGUCGAGGAAGAUAUAUUGUCCAGAAGCCAAGUGGCUCCGUCCUCAUCAAGGCAAUGCGAGUCAUCUGGCUCGCUCUCAAGGGAGGCUGCAAUCUCGAUGCUGCAAAGCCGUCGGUCUUGACACAAACUCACCCUGCGACUACCGCAGCUACUAUGAAAACCUAUGGGAUUCCAAAUGACAUGAUGGGAUGCUUUAAUCCAAUCAUGGUUCUGACCUUUCUUCCAACCAUGGAGAAGGUAGUCUACCCAGCCCUGCGACGAUUUCGCCUCAGCUUUAAACCGAUCAGUCGAAUCACCGCCGGUUUCCUGGUUAUGGCCUGUGCCAUUGGAUAUUCCGCAGGGAUUCAAGACUUGAUUUACCGAUCACCACCAUGCUACGACCAUCCUCUCAAUGGAUCUUGCAGCGAUGGCGGAAGAACUCCAAAUGACGUUAGCGUCUUCUUGCAAGUCCCCAUCUACGCAAUGACCGCCCUUUCGGAAGUCCUCGCCUAUGUCGCCGGUAUGGAGUACGCAUACACCAAAGCCCCUAAGUCCAUGCGCAGCAUCGUAUCGUCUCUUUUCCUCCUCACCUGCACCAUCGGUUCAAUGCUGGGUAUCACGCUUUCACCCGUCUCAAAAGACCCCAAGGUCCUCAUAGAGUACGCCUCGUUGAGUAUUGUCAUGCUCCUCACAGCCGUCUUGUUCCUGCUCAUCUUCAGCAAGUACAACAAGAUAGAGGAGAAAAUGAACAUGCUUAAUAGCGAAGAGGGGAACUCUAUCUCUCCGAAUGGGGUGGUUGAGCAGAUACAGACAACUGAGAAGGCUUAG